UGUGUGACAAUGGUUUGGCCCGGAUUUCCUGCGGGCGGUGGCGGAGCCGGUGAGGUCACGCUCACGCUGGGAGGGCUGCAGAGUUGCUGAGCGCGAGGAGUAUCAUGGCGUAUCCUGGGCACCCUGGCGCUGGAGGCGGCUAUUACCAAAGCGGGUACGGAAGUGCUCCAGGAGGACCAGCAUUUCCUGGUCAGACUCAAGAUCCUUUAUAUAAUUAUUUUGCUGCAGUAGCUGGACAGGAUGGGCAAAUAGAUGCUGAUGAGCUUCAGAGAUGUCUAACCCAGUCGGGAAUUUCAGGUGGAUACAAACCUUUCAAUCUAGAGACAUGCAGGCUUAUGAUCUCCAUGCUUGAUAGAGACAUGUCUGGCACAAUGGGCUUCAAUGAGUUUAAAGAUCUCUGGACAGUGCUCAAUGGUUGGAGGCAACACUUCAUGAGCAUCGAUAGUGACCGCAGCGGUACAGUGGAUUCUCAGGAGCUUCAGAAGGCUUUGACAACAAUGGGAUUUAGGUUGAGCCCCCAGGCAAUCAAUGGAAUCGCGAAACGAUUCAGCAGCCGCGGAAAGAUUACAUUUGAUGACUAUAUCGCCUGCUGCGUUAAACUCAGAGCUCUCACUGAUAGCUUUCGAAGAAGGGAUGCAGCACAGCAGGGCAUGGUGAACUUCCAGUAUGAUGACUUCAUACAAUGUGUAAUGAGCAUCUAAUUCAAGAUGAAGGAAGAGACCGAGGAGCAUGAUCAACAUUCCACUCGUUUUUGUUUUGCUUUGCACCAAAAAUUAUCAUGGCUGUGUAACUAAAUUUUGGAUUUGCAUAUUUUAUAAAUAUGAACUUAUAUGCUUUUAUAGUUUUUGAUAACUAACAAAAGAAGGAAUGUGAAGCUGAGUCCUGCUUUGAUUUGAUUUGUCUUACAUAUUUAUAAAUCAUUUUAUGUAGAAGUAAAAAUGUUGUGUAAUUAUUCAGUGCUUAUCGUCUCUUCCUGUACUACUGCAACUUUUUAUAUUGAAACAUACUUUGUGCCUGUGCCAUGGAAAGGCCAAAUGGAUAGGAAAUUUAGCAUGUAUGAAAAGAAAUGCGUAACAUGAUAGUAUCAUAGAAUUUUAGAGACCUUGGGGGUCGUCUUGUACCUUUUGCUCAGUGCAGGAAACUGCGACAGAAUCCCAGAUUGAUAUCCUUGGAACUGCCCAGCAGUUGGAUGGCUAAUGGAAUCGGGCAUGUUACCAAUCUUUUAGUGACUGUAACCACAAGCAGAUUUUCAAGUUGAUAUUUUAGAUACUCAUGAGAAUAUCUCCUAUAAAAGGCUGUAUUACUAUUAUUUAAACCCUUCAAUAUUAUAAUUUCCAAAAGGUACACAUGUCAGUAACAGAAUCAGAAUUUUUGGGCGUUUCUGAUUCUAGUCUGGAUCCUGUUCAGUGUUCCAUUUCCUUUACCUCUUCUAUACUAGCUGUUUGCAUUUUUAACUAACAAGAACUAUUGUCCCAUGCAUAUUUUUGAAUUUAGGCCUUCUGGACAUAUGUGUGCAUCGGCUUCAAGCCUUAUAUCCUAGGUCUGUGUUUCAUGCCUUAAGACAGUUUAUAAUCUUCUGCGUGCAGGAAUAUAAGUGUAUGCACCCAUACAAGACUCACAAACUAAAAAUAAGGCUAGUCUCACUGAGUGUUGGGGAAAAUCUUGAACAAAUACCUUUGCUCCUCCCUAGGAAGGGAUGUUUCAAAUACUUUAUACCCAGAAGCAACAAAGUUUCUGUUUUGUGUCCCUUAACUAUCACGUGUACUAUUUCUCUCUUGCAGUGGGAAGGCAUUCUGUGAAGGGUAAAAGGAAGGAACACUCUUAAGUCCAGUGUUGCAUUGUUUUACCUUAAUGACCACUCAGUGAAACAGCUGUCUGUCUUUUUUUUUUUUUUUUAGUGCUCAUAAUAUAGUGCUCAUAAUAUUGUAGGUGCUGUAGAUUGGUUAAAAUAGAGAGGCUUCUGUCUCCACACCUGUACCUUCUCUUGACUGAUGCUUGAAAAAGCUUGCUAUAAGAAGGCAGGCAGAAGACCAUGGGUAAAGCGAGUCAGAUAAUCUGCAACUUUGUGACUUUGCACCUCUUUAAAGGCACAGGUAUGAUCUCUGGAUUGACAUCUGUGAACCCUACAAAAAUGUGGAAGAUUGCCAUAGGUAUACCUCAUUCUGUAGUUAGGAUGGCAGGUAACACUGGCUUGGUUUGUUUAAUCUUGCUGUAGCACUGCUGGACAAACUAUUAAGAGAAUAAAUAUGCUCCAGUAAUGAGUGUAAGAAACAAAGCUGGGUGUGCUGUUCAGUGGCCAACUUAGCAGAAAGCAUGUGAUGUCAUAUGCUGCUAGUUCACUGUUUACUUAACAAAAUAUAUUUCUUUCCUGCUAGUACUCUAGUUGCCUCUAUUCCAUCAACUGGAGAUCAUGUAUCCCUGUCUAGCCAUGUGAAUUCAUCUAUUUGUAUUUAAAUUACAAACCUGUUAUCAGAUUCUAGGGAACAUUCUUAACAGAAAUAGAACAGAACCUUUCUGCUUUGUGAAAAUAAGAAUCCCACAUGCCUGGCCCCAUGGGAACUCUUCACAGUUGCCCUGCUGACAUGCAAACUUAACCACAAAUCACUCGUAGGUGGACCUUUUAAUUGUAACUGUGUUUAAUUGUAUCUGGCUUCCUCUCAGAGAUGCUACUUGCAGAGCUGUAGAAAACACAACUAUGAAUUAUCCAUAAAUCCACAAGGUUUAUGUAAGUAAUAUUUGCAAAGCUCUAGGUUAAUUCACCAUUUUAAAAAAUAUUGUUUGUAUUGUUAUCUGUACUAUACUCCGUAAAAGUUAAUAAAUUGACAAUAGCAAAUCUUUUCCAUCA